UGCUGUCUGUCCUGCUGUGUGUCCUGCUGCUGCUGUGUCCUGCGGUCAGCGGCCAAGGCCGCCUCAAGCUGACGGUCCUGUCUGAAGACAGGCUGCAGAUGAAGUGGAAGGAGGCCGACGGACCCGUUCAGGGCUACAAGGUCCGAGUCAGACCCAUCUCAGAUGAGCCGCAGCCCGAGCUGAUGCUGACCACCACCAGGGGGCGGGCCACCGUGGCAGGACUGGACUCCCGCCAGGAGUACUCCCUCCAGGUGCUGCUGCUCAACGGCACUACGGAGAAGCUUCUGGCCAAGAGGCGCUUCACCAUGGAGAGUCUGCGGGAGGACGAGAUGAUCCGGACUGGCAGUCGGGAGCAGAAGAAGAAGCUGCUGCCCGGCGGCUCGGGGUCUGGAGACCUGGACGAUGCUACCGAGCCCCUGCUGGGCCUGCCCACGGUGUUAUACCCAGAACCCACCACUGCCUCCGCCUCCGCCUCCGCCACUGCUGCUGCCACUACUGCAGAGCCGGCGGCUCCUCAGACCACCUCCCGGCUCCCCGAGGAGGCUCCGGAGAGCGCCGCCCGCGAGAAGAGGAAGAGGAAGAAGGACCGAGAGCGAGAGCGAGAGCGAGAGCCUUCCACUGGGGAGAGGAGAGAGGUGCAGGAUGGGAGCAGCCGGGGGAAAGCCGCCCCGGAGAAACCCCGCAAGGCGCCUCACCCCACCCAGCCCGUCACAGGGGCGGGCCCCAGGAAGCCCUUCCGGUGUGAGACGGAGGCGGCGGCGGACGUGGUGCUGCUGGUGGACGGCUCCUGGAGCAUCGGCCGGACCAACUUCAGACGCGUCAGGGACUUCCUGGAGGGCCUGAUGGCGCCCUUUCGCAUCGGGCCGCACCACAUUCAGAUCGGCCUGACUCAGUACAGCGGAGACCCCCGCACUGAGUGGCAGCUCAACAACUUCACCACCAAAGAGCAGCUGCUGGAGGCCGUGAGGAACUUCAGGUAUAAGGGCGGAAACACCUUCACAGGCCAGGCGCUGCUGCAUGUCAUGGAGGAGAACAUGAAGCCCCAGGCGGGCGCCAGGCCCGACACGCCGUUCUUCCUGGUCCUGCUGACCGACGGGAAGUCGCAGGACGACGCCAUCGCUGCGGCCAAUCGGCUCAAGAACGCGGGCGUGGAAAUCAUCGCCGUCGGAGUGAAGAAUGCAGAUGAAGCUGAGCUGCGACAGGUGGCGUCGGAGCCGGUGGACAUCAACGUCUACAACGUCAACGACUUCCCUCUGCUCAGCAAGCUGGUCGCACGGCUGGUGCACAUCCUGUGUGGGAGGAUCGAGGACCGCGGCAUCACGAAACGCAUGGAGCCGAGUCCCACGGCGGACCUGGCCCUCUCGUACCCCAGUCCCACUGACCUCCGCUUCUCUGAACUGGGAUCCCGAGAGGUGAAGCUUCACUGGACCAGUCUGGCCAAGUCCGUCAAGCAGUACCGAGUGGUGUACCACAGCGCCGAGAGCCAGAGUCCACUAGAGGUGGUGCUGCCUGGAUCAGAGUCCACCGUCCGGCUGGAGGGCCUCUCCUCUCAGACCCUGUACCACAUCUCCAUCUUCCCGGUGUAUGAGGCCAGCAUCGGCCUGCCUCUCAGAGGAACCGUCACCACCAUGCCUCUGGCCAUGCCUGCUAACCUGCAGGUGGCGCCGUCCUCCUACAGCUCGCUGCGAGUCAGCUGGGACGGAGCAGCCGGAGCCACGCAGUACAUGAUCCUGUACUCCGCCCUGAGCCACGGGGAGCCCGACGACGCCAAGGAGGAGAAGUUCGGUGCAGAUCAGACGGCGGUGGAGCUGUCGGGGCUGCAGCCGUCCACGGACUACUCCGUCACUCUGUACGCCCUGUACGACGAGGACCCCAGCGACCCGGUCACCGCCGUGGCCGCCACCUCGCCCCUCCCCCCGCCGGCGAGCGUCCACUUCCCCGUGGUCACCCACAGCGCCCUGAAGGUGAGCUGGGUGCCCGGCUCCGAGGGCGUGCCCGGCCACCGGGUCACCUACAGCACCAACCACGGCAGCGACGUCAAACAGGUGGAGGUGUCAGGACUGAACUCGGUGCUGGUGCAGAACCUGUCCUCCCUGUCCAGAUACCUGGUGUCGGUUCAGGCUCACUACCCACAAGGCCUUUCUGCAGCCCUCACCACCAACGUCACAACACUGAAGGUCCCGCCCCCGUCGGACCUCCGGGUGUCCAAUUUCUCCGGCAGCGAGAUCACGGUGCGCUGGAGGCCUGCAGCCGACGACGUGGUUUCCUACCUCAUCAAGUGGAUCUCUCUGAGCGGAGGAGACCUCAGACAGCUGAGGGUGAGCGGCGAGAGUGAAGGAGCCAUCCUGGAGGAGGUGGAGGACAAUAAGGAGUACCAGAUCUCUCUGUCGGCGCUGUACGGAGACGGAGCUCAGAGUGAAGCUGUGGCUGUUCGCUACAGCACCUUGUCGGGUGGAGGUCCGUCCAGUGUGACGGUGUCUGAGGAGACGGCGGUCAGCCUGGUGGUCAGCUGGGUUCCUCCCAACGCUCACGUCCUCCAGUACCGAGUGUCCUAUACCGCCCUGACGGGUGGAGCCGACGCCCAGGACAGCACCGUCCUGGCCCCGGGCGGAGACGACCGGGUGCUGCUGGACUCGCUACAGCCGGACACCCGCUACAGCAUCUUGGUCACGGCGGAGUACCGCGACCGAGAGGGAGGCAGCGGCUCCACGCAGGGCAAAACCACCAGUUUGCGGGUGAGCAGUGUGAGCGUGGUCCGGUCAGAUCACUCCAGCAUCUGUGUGUCCUGGAGGCCGGUGUCUGCCGUCGACGGUUACCGGAUCGUCAUCCAGUCUGUUAAAGACAGACAAACCACUGAAGAACUGGUGUCGGACUCCAGCAGCAGCCACUGCUUCACCCAGCUGGAGGCGGAGACGCUGUAUCGCAUCAGCGUUCACUCACUGCUGGGCCCAGCAGAGGGCGCCGCAGUCUCCAUACUCCACCCAACAGCUGCAGCUCCGGCCAGAAUCAACAUCCACCCUCGGAUGUAUCCCAUCCACAACGAAGUCUGUCCUGAAGUCACCAUCAGAAACAACGUCGUGAAAGGGUUCGACAUGAUGGAGGCGUUCGGCCUGACCCCUAAGGCUCACUCUUCGGUGGAGGGAGUAGCAGCAGAGCCCUUCGUCUUCAACACGCUGCCGGCCUACAGCCUGUACAGAGACGUCCAGCUGACCCAGAGCACCAAGUUCAUCCACCCUGCAGGUUUCUCUCCAGAGCACACCAUCAGCAUCGCCUUCCGCAUGUUGCAGGAAACUCCCAGGGAGCCAUUUGCUCUCUGGCAGCUCACCGACAAUGACUUCCAGCCCAAGAUGGGCGUGGUGAUUGACCCUACGACCAAGCAGCUGCUGUACUUCAGUCUGGACUACAGAGGGGAGGUGCAGGAGCUGACCUUCGACCAGCCGCAGGUCCACCGUCUCUUCUACGGCAGCUUCCACAAGGUCCACCUGUCGGUCAGCCAGGUGAGUGUCUCCCUGUCUGUGGACUGUGAGCAUGUGGGAGAGAGACCCGCUCGCCCCGUAGGCAGCCUGCCCACCGACGGCUUCGAGAUGCUGGGAAAACUGACCAAGACCCGAGGACCCAACAGUGGAUCUGCCCCGUUUCAGCUGCAGUCGUUUGAGAUCAUCUGUAACACCACCUGGGCUUCGGAGGACACCUGCUGUGACCUGCCUGGAGUGAGAGAUGAUGAGAGCUGUCCCACGCCUGCUUACAGCUGCACCUGUUCCUCCGACAUCCCCGGAGCUCCCGGUGAGCCGGGACCAAACGGCAAGCCGGGUCCUCGUGGGGAGAAGGGUGAGAAGGGCGAGCGAGGUCAAAAGGGGGAGGUGGGUCCUCCAGGCAAGCCUGGAUAUGAGGGAGGCCUUGGAGCCGUGGGCCGUCCUGGACCGCUCGGGAUCACUGUGCACGGCAAAGUGGGUCCACCGGGUGUGCGAGGAGAGAAGGGAGAUCCAGGACGGCCUGGAGGACAGGGCCUACCAGGACCUCCGGGUCCCAAAGGGAAGGAGGGGAUCGCUGGCCCCCAGGGCAUCCGGGGAGUGGAGGGCAACAUCGGAGCGCCCGGCAUCACUGGACCCCGAGGCUUCCAGGGAAUGCCUGGAUAUCCUGGUCCGAUGGGGGAAAGAGGCCCUGCAGGGCCGGUGGGACCUACGGGUCUGCCAGGGGACAAAGGCGAACGAGGAGAAAAGGGGGAACCUCAGUCCAUGGCUGUGAUCUACCAGCUGGUCACACAGGCCUGCGAGCAACUCGUACACAAGGAGGUGCUGAAGCUCGAUGCCUUCAUCAACGAGAUCAGCCGGAAGCCGGCUCCCAUCGAGGAGCCCGCAGGGGCCCCGGGAGAGCCGGGCAUCCCGGGGCCGAAGGGCCCCCCGGGCACCAGGGGGAGCCAGGGCCGUGUGGGGGCCAGGGGGAGGCCGGGUAAACCGGGAUAUCCUGGAGAGCAGGGGAGAAGAGGAGCGUCCGGGAACAAAGGAGACCCCGGCGCCAACGUCCACGGACCCCCGGGCAUCAAGGGAUUCGCAGGCACCGCCGGCGAGUCCAAGGUGGGAGACCCGGGGCCUAAAGGAGAGGACGGGAAGCUGGGACCGCCCGGAAUCCCUGGACCUCCCGGUCAGCCUGGAGAGAUGGGUCCACCGGGUGUGUGUGACAGCAGUGGAGGCUGCCGCAGUGUCUCCCAGCAAACAGACUCUUAUUAUGGCUACCAGCCCUGAACGAAGUGACCGGCUGCUGAACGACAGACUAAGGAUGAAGCCCCGAUGCGCCGCUGAAGGUCGGAUGAGUUGAACUUAUAACUGACUGACGUGGAAACUCCACUGGACGUGGACACACACACACACACACACACACACACACACACACACACACACACACACACUCACAGGAAGGAUGUCUGGUGUCUCCUGACAGCUCUGGGCUUUUCUCUGAGCUGAGCUGGGAGGUGAAUUGAUGCAGUUUCCUCCCGGUGGGAUCAGCAACGUCUCACGCCUCGCGCUCGCACUGAAAACUUUUGUGACUGUGUUUUCUGUAAACGUGCACUGUAGUUCAGCCAUCUGUCUGGUUCGUGUGUAUUUCAUGUGCCGUUCUAACCUUAAACUGCCUCAAGGAUGAUGAGAGUGAUCCGUGGGGAAGCUCUUCCUCCUCCAUGGUGUGACUGAUACUGUGAGAACGUCUCGUCAUGUAUGAUAAAUGUAUAUUGAUUAUUGUAUUUACUGUAUCGUAUUCAUGUAUAUUUUAUACCAUAUGAAAUACUGAUCAAUUAUGUUUACAUUUUCUUCUUCUGGGUGGUAAAAGCGAAAAAGAUGGUCCGACUCUCUUCAUCUCUUUUGUUUUGUAUUUUUUAAUAAAAUCCCUGAAGUUGUCUCAUGAAUCGUGACGUUUCCACUUUUUUCUAGACAUCCUGAAUCAGUCAAGAGAUAGUUACUUUCAAAUGCAGGAUAUCGGUAGGAAAAGGAAAAACUGAUGCUGGAAGUGUGUGAGAUGCAGCACUGGAGUGAAGUCAUUUCAGUCUGUCCUGACUGUGAUUUUGCAGACUUUAUUAAACAUCCCGAUUAUUCAUAAAUGGGAUCA